AUGACAUCCAUCACGCGCAACUCUUUCUCUUCCAACGAGGAGCGCCCCCGUCGCACCCACAGCCCUGUUCAGAUGUCCCGAUCGGGCUCUUCCGGCUCCACGAACUCCUACAGAAGCACCGACGACCGCCGUCGGUACGACAACACCGUCUACCACUACGGCCGACACUCAAACUACUGGCUCUUCGGCGGCUUUAGUGUUCGAGACACUGUCCGUGAUGGCGUCGACUGGAAUGCAGUCAUGCACAAGGCGAAUAUCAGCCUCCGGUACCCUCGACAACCCAUCCAUCCAUCCAUCCACCAGUCAGGCGUCUCUUUCGAUGAAUCGAUUAAACAGUCACCCCAGAAUGAAGAACGGUGCGAUAACCGGGUUAGAAAUAGCCCGCUCGCGGCUUUUUCAGGUUCAGAAACGGAGAACUCGGCAUCAUUCAACGGCCGUGGACAUCAGUCCGCGCUGCAUGAGGACUACGUCCCCUCUCUUUACCACUCUAGGUAGAUGCUAAGAAAUGAGAAAUUUGUUCUUCAGCCCAUCCGUGA